CAGCGGAGCAGCUCAGUCUGGAUGUAGGGAUUUGUCCCCUUGUGAGAGCCUCAGAUAGAGAGAAGACAGCAAGAGACUGCAAGACAGAAGAGACAGCCCGGAGCCUGCACUACACUGUGAUAAGCCUGUUUCCUGCAGCCAUGCGCGCCGCUUGUCUCCUCCUCCUCUGUGUCCAGGGAAUUUUGGCUCAGCAGUUUGAGGCCAACCCUCAGUACGACAUUCCCACAGAGUCUCCUUAUUACUACGACUAUGACGAACAGUCUGUGGGACAGCAUCAGCCGAACCAGCCCGUCCAGACCGGAUUCCACGUCCUGACCGAACCGGAUCAUCAGCUAAACCAGUUUGAGUUUGUCCCUCAGCAACAGCAGCAAACCCAACAGGAGAUCAUCCCGGCGCCGACGUUUGAUACUUAUCAGACUGAACCAACAGAACCUGGACCCCUGGAUUGUCGUGAAGAGCAGUAUCCCUGCACCCGCCUGUACUCUGUCCACAAGCCCUGCAAGCAGUGUCUGAACGGGAUCUGUCUGUACAGCCAACGACGCAUGUACGUAAUCAACAAAGAGAUCUGUGUACGCACUGUGUGCGCCCAUGAGGAGCUCCUGAGAGCUGACCUGUGCCGGGACAAGUUCCCCCGCUGCGGGGUGGUGGCGUCCAGCGGGCUGUGUCACUCGGUGGGAGCGCAGUGCACCAGAAGCUGUGGAGGCUGUUAGAAGAGAAUGUGCCACCAAGAGGAAAAGCAACCCGCCACCGGAGGGCGCCCUGAGCCCUCAAUCGCAGUCAGUGUGAUUACUGAAAGGGGUGGGAGGUGCUAGUAUUAUAUCCCCCUAUAUUUUACUGUAUUGUACUGUAUGUGCCCCUGUCAGGGCACUGUGGGCUCUCGCCCUUCUGUCCACUAGUCCUUACCAUAUAAUAACCAGCCCAGCACACUGCACUGCUCCACCAUAUUCCCAGUGACUCUGCUCGGAACUGGUUUCUCCAGCAGUGGAGGGGUCUGGGGCUCCGGUUACAUUGUGGCCAGUCGCCAGCAGCGGGUCAAUGUGUCCUGAGGAUCCAGAGCUCCGGUCGUUGUGUACUGUACGAUCUCCUGCCAUCUUCCCCCGCACCCCGGGCUCUGCCGCUGUCUGGCUCCCGCCCUUCACCUUUCCUCCCUGUUGUAGCCUCUGAGUCACCAUCCGUUUCACAUUACGGGGACGUGUGGAUUCGACUUUCUUUUUUUGUAAUGUGUUUUGUAUAAAAGAGAAAUAAAAUGCAGAAUUUUACCCCGU